AUGUAUCAAGUACGUUCCAUCUAUCCUUAUCUUGAGCAGGCUGUUGCGCUGGCCGUGUCAGAAGGACUCGCGGUGGACAGCCAAGCUGCGAACGCGGCAGUGCGGCUCUCGAGCAACGCUGUUCCGAAUUGCGCGCGCCUGCCUGCCGCCAUCGAGACCGAUUUGGGCGUCGACACGGAGAGUUUCCAAAGACAGCGGGCUUUGCUUGCGCAGAUGCGUUUCGACCUGGAUGCCUCCAGCCGCGCGACGUUCGAUCGACAGUUGAUGGGGACUCCAUCGGCCAAGCCAAUUCAUUUGUUGGGGGUCGGCUUCCAUAACGAGACGCCGAUGCCGAUCCGUCUCAGGGACAAGCUGGAGGAGAUCAGUGGUGCCGCUAGUACUUCUGAUAUGAUUGCAGGCGCGUGGUUAUCACGGUCGCAGGGGUUGCUCACUCGUUGGCGCUUCGCGUAUCCCCGCCAGCCCAUCCACAACCGAAACCCAGGAUAA